AUGGAGCGAGUCUGGUUUCAGAACAGGCGAGCGAAAUGGCGAAAGCGGGAAAAGCUAAUGGGCAACGAGUCGCCGAAUUUUUUCAACGCUGACUUCCCUCUACUGCAACCGCCCCUCAUCACCUCACCCCCUAACAACCACAACCUCAACGAACCCCUCCUGUUUGCCACGAGGUUCGCACCGAUGUUUGCCCUCUCGUUACACCAACAACAACAACAACAACAAAUUCGACAGCAAACAUUCAACUUUUACAACAACAAUAAUAAUAAUAGCAGCUCGAGUAUUAACAAUAAUUGUCACAGAUAUGCAGGUGGGUUGAUGGAAAAUGGUGGUAGCGGCGGUGGUAGCGAUUGUGGUUUGGAUUUUAAAUUUUUUGGCAAGCAGGCCGACCUUAUGAUGAAACAACAUCACCAUCCCCUCUCUCACCAUCUACAUCUCUUUCCGAAUCACAUCAAUUCUCUUCCGUGCAUCUUCAACACUCCAUCGUCAUCAUUAUUUCGCCACCACUACCACCACCAGCAGCAACAGCAGCAGCAACAUCAGUUUCCGUUCUUCAAACAGAGCACCAGCAUCUCACCGCUCACGUCGGCGACCACCAACGCAGCACCAUCUUCGAACCUCAACUCACCUUCACCGGCACCUAUGCACACCAAUUUUUUGCUAAAAAAUGGUAGGAAUGCCACAUCAUUCCAGCACGUGAAGCCCUCAACUUCCCCGCAGCCGUCCACACCAUCACCUCCUUCGUCACAUCCGUCGAACAACAUAUUAUCAACGUCAUCAACAUCAUCCGCGUUAUCCUCCAUGUCACCAUUAAACGAGCCAAUCAAACUUCCUCGUUCCCCGCUCUCUCCUGCCGAAAGACGCUCCGAUGACGUCAGAGUCUCUACAAAUGAUGAAGUACUGGAGCGCUUUGAGGCGUUUAAAAGUAAAUCUUUUUUAGAUAUACGCGCCCUGGCGUUUUUGCAACAAUUCGUUCGACCGCAACUUCGUGACGGUUUGAUUGGCGUUGGUGGCAGUUGUAUUGGCGGCAAUGAUGUUUUUUGUGGUAACAACAGUAGAGGUGCUGGUAACAGUUAUAAAAGCUUCAGUAACGUUGGCGGGAUUCAAAAAAUUUCGAGAAAAAGUAGCAUUGAAUCGCUACGGUCGAAGGCGAAACUUCACUGUCGACUCGUUAACGAGAGGAUGAUAACUAAAAAUGAUAACGACGACGAUGUUGACGACGACGACGAUGAUGAUGUGGAUGUUAAGACUGGUGGUUGUUGUGGUGACGACAACGACGACAACAAUAACGAUAAUGAUGAUGGUGGUGGUGAGGAUCUGUGGGGUGGUCCGCUUGGUAACAGUGGUAUUGGUGGUUGUGGUGCGAUUUUCAAUGGAGGCCCAUCGCUUCAGACUGACAUUUCUGUUUCUAUUUCAUCUUCAUUGUAG